AUGAGGAGCGGGAGGCUUACCCAAUACAUCAAGGAGACAGGCAGACCAGGCGCCUCGCGACAGAACUCAGCUUCUGCCCCCGCUCCGCGGGCGUCAGACCCCGUGCACACAGCCUCUGACAGCACCCAGGAGCCUCUUAAGCAAGUCCCUAUGAUCCACGGGAUCGUAGAACCCACCGAUAACCAAGAGCAUGCAACUAAAAUCCACAAAAGGAUGGAAGAACGAGUGAAGCGAUACAAAUCAUUAGGCCACGUGGUCAAUCUCAUCACUUCAGAAGACAGUAGCUACCCAGCCUCUGCAAUCACCUUCACCGAAGAUGACCUGAAGGGCGUCCACCUACCCCAUGAUGAUCCACUCGUCAUUUCCCUACAAGUUGACCACUGCCAGCUGGGUAGAGUUCUGAUCGAUGGGGGCAGUGGGGUUGACAUCCUCUUCUGGGAAGCCUUCCAGAAGAUGGGGCUGGAGGAGAAUCAGAUCCGGCCCUCCACCAUGCCCAUUUUGGGAUUCAAUAGCCAAAGAGUCUAUCCAAAGGGUGUCAUUCGAUUAACUGUGGUAGCUGCAGAACGCGCCCUGCCAGUAGACUUCCUCAUUAUAGACUCCACCACAAGUUACAACGCCAUCAUGGGGAGAAAUUGGAUCCACCGGAUGCAGGGGCAAUUACAGCAGGACUUACCAGCGUGCCUAAAAGGAAUCAAUCUAGAAGAAGACCAAGAAAAACCCCAAGUUACACUAGAUACCUUAGAACAAGUGGGUCUAGACGACGCUGACCCCUCUAAAACAGUGCUGAUAAGUACCAAGUUCUCUGGAGAAGAGAGGCAGACCCUCAUACGAUUUCUCAAGACCAGAAUGGGAACUUUUGCUUGGACUCCACAUGACAUGCCCGGAAUAGACCCUUCUGUCAUGAGUCACAGUCUGAAUAUCUCCAAUAACUUCCCACCCGUCAAGCAGAAGCAGAGGAGGUUCGCUCCAGAGGUGAAUCAAGUCAUACAAGAGGAGGUCCAAUGGCUCUUGAGCACAGGGGCAAUAGAAGAAUGCUUAUACCCCAGUUGGCUUGCCAACCCCGUCGUGGUACCAAAGAAGAAUGGGAAAAAGAGAGUAUGCAUAGACUACACAAAUUUAAACAAAGCGUGUCCAAAGGAUAGCUGCCCUCUACCAAAGAUCGGUCAGAUGAUAGACGCCACAGCAGGAUAUGAAAGGAUGAGCUUCCUUGACGCUUACUCUGGAUAA